UCAAUAUAUAUAUUUUCUUAAAUUGAUAUUUAUGAUGUAAUUAGAUCUUGGCUUCGUGGCUUGUAGUGCUGAUUUAUAAAACUUAUAAUCAAUGCAACGCCGGUUCGAUACGUCAUAUUUUAGGGUUCUUUUAAAAAUUCACAAAUUCUCCAAUUCGCCUCCUUUCUCGAUCCUAUCAAAAUCUCCACCACCAAUGAAGCGACGACGCCGUAACUCCAAACUCAAACUCGAAGAAUCCUCCGACCAAUCACCGGCAACCACGGCGGAGUUCUCCUUCUCUCUCACCAAAAUCGCCGUCAGUCAAAUCUGCCGAUCCGUUGGAUACAUAGCCACCGAUACAUCCGCUCUCAACACUCUAACCCUAACAACCACCAAAUUCUUACAAUCCCUCGCCGAACUCGCAUCGUCGUUCUCUAACACCGCUAAUCGAACAGAGGUUAACCUCUUCGACAUCGUCAACGGUCUCCAAGAUAUCGCUUUGUCUACUUCCGAUUGUUUCCCCGGCGGAUCCACCGUGCACGAUAUUGAAUCUCAUUGCUUGAUCAAAUCAGCUGUUCUUCGUAACCUCUCCGAUUUCGUUGCCUACGCUCCUGAAAUUCCUUUUGCUAAGCCGUUACCGAGACGAGAAAGAGACGGAUCGUUAGGAGGAGAUUUGGAUCAAGCGCCGGUGACUCGAUCGGUGGAGGUGAAGUCUGUUCCAGCUUGGCUUCCGCCUUUUCCUGACGCUAGUCUCUGCUCCGAACGAUGUAUAAAGGAUAGACCUGAUCAUUUGUGGGAAAACUCCGAUUCCGUUAUUGGCCGUGAAAUUUUGCCGGAGAGUUUGCAAUCUAAAAUCGGAGGAAGAUUACCGGUAAGGAGAGAAAGAGUGAGAUUCAAGAUGGAUCAACGAGAUUGGAGUAACAGUGGUGAUACGAGAUUGGAGCGGUGGCGGGAUAAUCGCGACGGCGAAUCUGACGGUGGAGUUGAGGUUAAGAAGAAAAUUAGAGAAGGAUACAAUUACUGUACCGGCGAGUGGCCGGUUUAAUUUAUUCUGGUGACGAGAAAAAACAAACAAAACAAAAUGCGCGAGGUUUAAGGUAUUCGAACUCGCGACGCUUGAGGACUCGUCCUAAUGGCCAAUGGGAAUAAUACCGUUUGAGCUGCAUCUCUUAUAAUUUGAAAACUCCAAUUGUUAUUUUAUAAACAUUGAUAUAAAGAUUACUUUGUUUCUUUUCUAUGAGGCUAUUUU